GAAGGAGGAGGAGCUUCAGCUGCGCUCUCUCCCUGCAGCGGCUGCGCGUCUCAGCGCUUGUCUGGUUCCCACCCCUUUUAAAUAAGCCGGUCUGGUCACCGCCCUCACAGACUAGUUGGCUCCGGGGAGGCGGCGGCGGCCGGCGGGGGUGCGGCCGGGGCCGGGCCCCUGCCCGGGGCCCGGCGGCUGGGCGGACAGGAGAGCGGCGGGCGAAGUCGCGUCUGCAUGUGCGGCACAGCCCCGGCAUAGCCCGGGGCUGCCAGUGCCCGCCGCGCCAUUGUUGGGGGAGGGGGCGGCUUCUGAGCUCGGCGGAGUCGGGGGACGAGCGGAGGCGGCGGCGGCGAGGAGUGAAGGCGCCCCAUGGGGAACUCGCUGUCUUGUUGCCUGUGCCCCAAUGCCAGCCCCAAGGUGGGCCGGCGCAGGGGGUCAGCGGAGCCGGACUGUGAGGCUGAGGUCUACAAGGCGGCGGCCGGGAACGCGGUGGCAGUAGCUCCGGCGGCGGCUACCGUGGAACCCGCCGAGUUGGAUUUCGCAGGUGGCGAAGGCCACCACCUGCAGCAGAUCAGCGACCGGGAGAUGCCCGAAGACUUAGCUUUGGAACCAAACCCUUCUGACCACCCAAGGCCAAGCACAGUUUGUCUGAGCAAAUCUCAAACAGAGGUGCGGGAAAAGACGAAGAGCAACCCUUUAAACCAUGUUCCUAUUAUUCGGAUGUUGGAAGUCUUAGACUUACCAGAUCGGCGGAUUCUUAACCACUGCGCCACCAGGGAAGUCCCAUUCCUUCUUCCUGUUUUGAUCUCUUACUUGUUGGGGGCUUCCCUCAAACGAGUGAUGGUCCUUGGCUGUCUGUUAAGAUCUAAUUGGAAGCAUCACUUGGACAACUCGUUAACUGAUGGGCCUCACUGCAAGGAUUUGGGGACCACGCCUCUGAACUCUGAGCCUGCCUUGGGUUCCGUAUCUCCAGGGCAGCUUACUAAAAAGUAUAGCUCAUGCUCAACAAUAUUUCUAGAUGACAGCACAGUCAGCCAGCCUAAUCUUAGAACCACAGUAAAAUGUUUGACCUUAGCAAUAUAUUACCACAUAAAGAACAGAGAUGCAGAUAGAUCCUUGGAUAUUUUUGAUGAGAGAUUACAUCCACUCACACGAGAAAAGGUUCCAGAGGAAUACUUCGAGCAUGAUCCUGAACACAAAUUCAUUUACAGAUUUGUUCAUACUCUUUGUAGUGCCACACAUCUAACUGCUGAAACUGCAGUAAUAACUUUGGUUUACUUAGAAAGGCUUUUAACUUAUGCUGAGAUCGACAUUUGCCCCACUAACUGGAAAAGAAUUGUUUUGGGAACCAUUCUUCUUGUCUCCGAGCUUUGGGACGAUCAGGCUGUAUGGGAUGUGUACUACUGCCAGAUCCUCAAGGACAUUACAGCUGAGGACAUGAAUGAGAUGGAAAGGCACGUCCUGGAGCUACUUCAUUUGGACAUUAUUGUUCCUUUCAGUGUGUAUGUCAAACACUACUUUGACCUUCGCUCCUUAGCAGAUGACAACAACCUGAAUGUUCUAUUCACUCCUCUUAGCAAAGAAAGAGCACAGAACUUAAAGGCCAUUUCCAGAUUGUGUGACGACGAAUACAAAGACGUGUGUAGAGCUGCUAUGAGAAGGUCUUUCAGCGCUGAUAAUUUCAUUGGUAUUCGGCGCUCCAAUGCCAUCCUCUCUUAAGGGAGAAGUGAGGGGUUGUAACAUCAUAAACCCCUCGAAACAAGGACUGGAGAAAUAGCACCUCUCCUGCUCAGAAACCAGCAAAGUUAGUAUUUUCACCUUAAAGAAAGACAUUGAAUUCAAGAGACUCAUGGACAAGCGAAGAUUAUGCUCAUAGGAAAGAACGGGACCUCGUCAAUGUAACACGCUCUUCUGUCCUUUUUAUUGUAAACAGAGUUACAAAAACCACUCCAAAGCUAAAAGCUCCCAAUCCAUGCACAGAUAUCUGCUCCCAAUCUACACACAGGUAUCUAUCUGAUAGCUGAGAACUAUGUGAAGUUUUUUAAUUAAUAGCUUAAAUUUUUAGACUUUAAAGACACUAACUAUAUAACUUCUAUGUUUUUCUUGCCUCACUGUCCCAUACUGCUGCAUAUUCCUUUAGAAUCAGUGCAGUAUUACCAUCAAAAAAUGG